UAUGUGUGUUGGUUGACGGAUGAGUGAAGUGUUGUGAGGUGAUGGAGAAGUUGAAGUGGUGUAAUGGUUUAUUGUGACUGAAGAAUUGUUCGAAGAUGGAUCAAGGGAAAUAUUUGUAUGAUAAGCAGUCAUCUCCUGAUAUGGGAAUUACUGAUCCAAAUGGACGACUUAAAAUGCUGUCGGACUUCGGAAAUUCGAUAGAUAUAGACAGUAACAUUCCGCCUAGAAGGUAUUACAGGUCUGGCAUGGAAAUGGUUCGGAUGGCUAAUGUGUAUCUGGAAGAAGGCAGUUUGGAGAAUGCUUAUAUUUUAUAUAUGAAGUUUAUGACGUUAUUUAUUGAAAAAAUUCGUCACCAUCCUGAUUUUGCAACUGUAUCAGUAACGGACAGAGCCAUUAAUGCUCAAAAAUUACGGGAAGUUUUACCAAAAGCAGAAAAGCUGAAGACCCGACUUUUGGAGCAGUAUGAACAAGAAUAUAAUAGAUACCUUGAAGAACAGAAACAGAGGGAACUUGAACGCCAAAAAAGAGAGGCAGAAGAAAUUAAACAGCAUGAGGGCCGUGAAUUUCCCCAUCGUGUGAAGUUACCAGCACAAAAGGGACAUACCAUACCUGGAACUUCAGUUGUUGUAAUGCCCCCUGUAUCUACUGAUGAUGUAAUUUAUCCUGAUACACUAGAACUGGAAAAACCUGGUUACACUCCUAAGCCAGACAGUCUUUCAAUUUCUGUUCCAAGGACUGUGCCAUUGCCAAAUGUUGAUAGAAGUACAAAGCCAGCAUCUCUUCUUAGUCCAUCAAUCCAUUCUAAAGUUGGGUUGCGAGAUGUUAUAGUUCCUUCAAGACUCAUGGGAAAAUUUAUGAACCUGGCCCAGCGGAACACAAGCCAGAAUAUUGAGACCUGUGGAAUAUUAGCUGGAACACUUAAUCGUGGGCGACUAAUCGUUACACAUCUUCUUGUUCCGAAACAGAAUGGAACAGCAGAUUCAUGUACAACACAGAAUGAAGAAGAAAUAUUUGACUAUCAAGACCAGCAUGAUCUCAUAACACUUGGCUGGAUUCAUACCCAUCCAAGUCAGACUGCAUUCCUUUCAAGUGUAGAUUUGCAUACUCACUGCUCAUACCAGCUUAUGAUGCCUGAGGCUCUGGCAAUUGUGUGCGCUCCACGGUAUGAAGAAACUGGUUUCUUCAUUUUAACUCCUCACUAUGGUUUGGAUUUUAUCGCGAAAUGCAGACAAACUGGUUUUCAUCCUCACCCUACUGAGCCACCAUUAUACAUGAAAGCGGAACAUUCCAAGUUGGACAACGCUGCCUACGUUGAAGUUGUGGAUUUAAGGAGAUGAGUUUUGCAGUGUUGACACCAUAGCAAAUAUGAAGAAUUGACUUUAUGAAAACCAGUUUGUUGGCCAUUAACUUAGCUAAUUACAAUGUUUUUGGUGCGAGGACGCUCUGGUUACUUACCAGUUUAUGACUCGCCAUACUAAGAUACUGUUUCAUACUGCAGUUUGUUUACAGCUAUAAUAUGGUACACUUAUGUUUGAGGCUACCUCAGAGUUAGUUGCCUUUUCAAAGUACAGUUAAAUGAAAUUUGUGCUUAUUUGAAUUCUAUACACAUACUAGCAGUAUUACGGUGUGUCUGUCGGUUAAUUUAAUUUUUUAUACCGUUGUGGAGUUUCACUGUUCGUUCCAUGUCGUCUUUCAUUGUACAGUUUGAAGCAAGUUUGAGUGGAAUUAAUUUGUUUGGGUGGUAUUUUCACACAACUAGUCAUGUAAAUACAGGGCUUUAUUGCUUUUAUGCCUAAUUUUAGUGCCUAUUAAUGUUGAUAAAUGAAGUAUUUAGAAUUGUUACAAAUCUGCAGUUAGGCUUGCUGUGUUAUAAAGAGACUGUGCUAGAUUGAAAUGUGUCGCUGUUCAGUUCUGUCCUAAGAGCUGUACGUAGUCAUCUGAUAACAAACAAAUCAUUAGAAUGUGCGUGGUAUUAUGUAACACUUGAAUGUGAUCAGUUCAGUCAGCAUCGCACUGUUUAAAAUUAAAACGUUGGUUUCUUUUCUUAAUUUAAAAUAUUGGUUUUUCAAUCGAUGAACAAGCAUACUUGACAUUGGAAGGAAUUUGUAAUUUUGUAUGUUUUAAAUUUGAAAGUGUUAAAUAAACCAUUUGCAGACAGCUAAAUCCA